GUACGCAAACAGACGAGGAGACCAGAACCAGGACAUCACAGGGAAACACAAGAGAAGGUUAGAGCCAGGCUACACUAACAUGAGUUGUACAAUAAUCCAGUGACGAGAAGCACUGAGCCACUGCCUUAAGUAGCGGCCUGGAGAAGCAGGAUAACGAGCCGCAGGUCAGUAAUCGCUUGCAUGUGCGUGGGCCAAAGGCGGGAACACGUGCUGAGCUCCACUCGGGUUGAGAGGAUUCAAGAGAGAACAAGUGAGAGAAACAACAAAACACAUGUGGCAUUUCUGAGUAGAGCUGGCCGGGGAGACACAGAUCAGAAAAUCAUCACAGCUGAGUCUGGACAGAACGUCAUGCUGCCGUGUCGAGCUCCAAAUGAGAACAAAACCAACACAGUAGUAGAGUGGAGCAGACCUGAUCUAAAUGAAGAAUAUGUCCUUUUGCACCGGGGUGGGCACUUUGAUCCAGCCAGCCAGCAUCCAUCUUUUAAGAACCGGGUGGAGCUGCAGGACAGACAGAUGAAGGAUGGAGACGUGUCUCUGAUUCUGAAGGAUGUGACAACUGCUGAUAGUGGAACAUACGAGUGUCGCAUCAGGAAGAGAGUCAGAAGUAUUCUCGAAGGUGGCCCCAUCAGCAGCAUCUACCUGAGUGUUGUCCCUCCAGGUCAGACAGGAGGACACACAGAGGAUGGAGGGAAGAGUGGAUCUGUUGGACUGAUAGUUGGUCUGUCAGUUGUUGUUUUUCUUGUUGUUGUUGUUGUUGUUUUUGUGAUCUACAGACGAUAUAAACAACAGAGUCUGGAUUCACAUCGUUCUAAUGCAGAACCAACGACUGAAAUGUCUGAAGUCUGAAUCUUCUGCUGCUGAACACAAAGACAAAUGAUCUGAAAA